GAACAAGCAAAGAGAGACAAAUAGUCACGCUUUUGAUGCCUCCAUAGAAACAUUCCUUCCUGAAACCUUAGCAGCAUUCCCUGAGGGGCAUGUUUCUUGCAUGACUGGAAUCUAUUGAACUGCAUUAAGAGACGGAAUACUUCAGGAUUUCAGUAUGAUUUCAAAAUUAUGAAAGAACUGGUAUGAAGGUAUGGAUCGUCACAGAAACCGUUCUUGCAGUGUUUAGGACAUUUCAAGUUUAACAGGAUUUGGACAAUUUAGAAAGUUCUUAAGUUUCCUGAAGAUGACUCGACGAAAACGAAGAAGUAGUAGAAAAAGAAAAUGUUCCAGUUCCAAAGAGAGUAACAGUUUAUCUAUCCAGCCCAAUUGUCAGAACACCACUACUGAAAAGGUAGAAGAUGAAAAACCCAUAAAAAGUAAAGCUGCUCCACCAGGAGGAGGAGUAAUACAGUCCUCUGAGGAAAGCAGCGACACUGAUAGUAGAGAAAAUUGUCAAGGUGCAUUCAAAUCGAAAAGACAACAAAAUGCAUCAGAUUACAAAGUAUAUACAGCAAAGAACAAAAUCACCUUCCAAGCAUUGAUUAAGUCAGCUUCAACUGAAAUAAUAACAGUCACAAUACAACGUUCACAGUUAGAUCCAGAAUUAAUAGAGGCAAGCACAAAUAAUCUGCAACAUCAACACCCUCCACAAGAAAUCAAUGCUGACAAUGUAGAGCAGGAGCCUUUUGCCAAUGCUGACAACGUAGAGCAGGAGCCUUUUGCCAAUGUGAAGUGCAUUUUAUCGAGUCUUUCUGGUGAUGGAGCAACUUUGGUGAUAGGGAAUGAUGAAAGUACGCUGGAUGAAGGUGAAUGGCCAAUGCAUCAAAAACAUGAAUCACUGUUAUUUUGUUCUGCAACUUUAAGCAAUGGAAUUCAUGUCAUUGAUCAACAAACUGACCGAAAGUCUUGGUUAAAAUUUAAUAUGGCAACAAAUAACACAGAUCUCAAGCUAUCUGGGACCAAGAAUUUCAGCUGUCGCGACAAUAUUUCAAAUUAUAAACAAAACUGUAAUGAAAAUUUCACAAAUGAAAGGGAAUAUAGCAAUGAAAAAAUCUUGCAUUCCAGUGGCUACCCAGCAUCAAAAGGAUCUUGCAGUUCAUUCACAUUGUCGGACUUCAGCGUUAACUCUAAAGAGUACACAUCCAGUCAAGGUCUACAUGCAGAUUGCUUUUUGAAUAUUCCACCUCCCAAAGAGUUUGCGGAUGACUGCAAAGAUAUGGAACCAUACACUAGAAAACCAGAAGCUAUAUAUUUAGUCCAAGAGAAUCAUGACACUGAAACUGAUAACUCACCUAUUAUAUCAAAAUGGUCCAAGAGACAUUAUUAUUUAGACCAAAAUAAAUUAAUGGAAAAUUCACUCCCAGGUUCAGGAUCCAAAUUCUCUUAUAAAGAUAAUAGACAAGAUUGGACCAUGAGUACUUGGACAAGUUUAUCUGAAUGUGACCACAGAUUGCAAGCAUCAGAGAAAUGUCUGUCACCAUUAGGAACACGUUUUACACUGAAUUAUUUUGGAAAAGAUAAAACCAAGUUCUGGAAAAAUAGCAUUGAUAAUAUAAACAAUUUAUUAACACAAAGUCAUUAUCAGAAGCCAGCUCAUGCAAGGAGGAAAACAUACCCAGAUACUGAUACUAUUGACAUUGUUUUCCAGAUGGAAUGGAAGGAAAUUCCAAACCUGCUGUACCAAGGACAGCAGCAUUCUUCAUUUACACCUCUGCCCCCUUUUUUUAUACAGACACUUCCCAGGAAACAAGGGAAACCAGAGAGAGUUUCUGUUGAAGAUAUUAAGAGUUAUGUGUGUUUUAAUGAACACAGCACUCAAGAUGGAGAAGAACAUAAAGAUACCCCUGAUUGGAGUAGACUAAAUCAUUGGUCUUCAUCAGGCACAUUGAGCAUCAGGAAAUCACCAGAAAUAAGUCCGCUUGUGCUUACAGGUGACAGUUCAGAUUCAUUCAGAUUUGAUUCCAGAGAAAGCAUUGAUGAUUAUUUCAGUCCGAAUCCAAGUUCCAAAUUGGAAUUUAUUAGAAAUAGAGACAUUUUCGGGACAGAUUUGUGCUCACAUACUGAGGAAAGAACAGAAGUUCUCACUAGUAGGGACAUUGAAUCAUGGCAACUUGCAGAUCCACUGGAGCAGGGUGAUUUUACAGAAAGUGGCUUUGAUGAAGAGACUUUAGAUAGUGACUACCCUAAUGAGUUAACUGAAGAUACGCCACUAGCAAGUGAACAAUUUCAGAUUCAAAUCCCUUCAUCUUCACCAAGCUCAACAAGUGAAUAUUUAACUAAGAGCCAGGCAAAUAAUUCAACAUCAGAAUAUGUGGAUGUUUUGGAUACUGCUUCUGAACUGGAUAAUAAUAUCACAAAAAAGACAGCCGAUAAUAGCAUUGAAUUCAAGAAGAGAAGACAGUCAGUGACUAUAUUACAGACAGGGACACUUGAUCAAAGAUUAAUUAUUCAAAAUAACAGCACUUCUAGUCAUACAGCUGACAAUUCACAGCAAUGCUCUGCAUUUGGUGAAUGUAAUGAGGAGGAUACACCGCUCAGUGAACCAAGUUUUUCAGAAAUUACUAACCUUCAACCAGAUACCAUUCCUCCAGACAGUGUGGCACAUGGUCAUAAUUCUCCUACAACUAAAUGUUUGUCCCAGGUUUCCUCUACCACAAUGAUGGACAUUCUUGAACAAAAUAAUGAGAAUGCAGAUUCUUCAACUUGCAGAGAAGAGAACAACAAAGACUUCCAUGAAAAACAAUCUGACAGUAAUUAUGCUACUGAACAGGAUGACUGCCAACAAAAUCACACAGAAUCUUUUGGACAGAAUACUCAUGAACAAAAUGACAGCACCCAGAAUCAUGUGGUAGAAAAGGACACAGUGGAUAAAGCGAUGGAUAGUGAAUAUAAUUCUUUACAACCCACUCCCGUGACAGCCAACCGUCUAACUGAGGAUACAAAACUGCCAGACUUUGCAGUUUCCUGUGAAAGUUACAAAGGAGUGGAACCCAAUUGCCAGAAGACUGCAUUCAUGGAAAAAGAAAUGUGGCAGCAAGAUCCGAAGGCUGAGGCAAAUUGCCUCCUGCAAUUGCCGACUGAUCCUGUGCAAAAAGAUGGAAAAGCCGUUGAGAAUUGCCAGGCAAUUGCUUCAACAGGAGAAGGAUCUGAUCACUGGGCGAAGAGACGGAAACAGUUUAAGGAGAGCAAGCAUUGCAAUUCAGCUGGGGGAAGUCCAGUUACCAGCAAUCAAGAAUCAGUGAACUCAGAGGAGACACGAUCCGUGGAUCUAGCACAAGUCCGGACUGAGAGUGAGCAAAGAGGAAUUUACACCGAGACUUUUAAUGCUACUUCCUGGAUCUUCAGAGGAGAUGAGGGUAACUCUGACAAUAAUCCCCGUUGCCUUGGAAAGAGGACUCGACCUGCCGCAAUUCGGGAACGGACAGUGAAGAUUGCCAAAGGAACCGGUGACUAUCCCUGGGGAUUUAGGAUUCAGUUUUCAAAACCCAUUCUAGUCACAGAAGUAGAUACAAAUGGUGCAGCUGAAGAAGCUGGACUUCAGAUUGGUGACAUCGUAUUGGCUGUUAACGGCACAGAUGUGACCAGCAUUCCUCACUCUGAGGCAGCCACCCUUGCUCGUCAAGGUCCAGACAUUUUGACUCUCAUAGUAGGGUCAGACAUCAGCCGAUGUCCAAACACCCCAAGACCAGCAUGUCGCGGAUACUUACAUAAACGCACUCAAUCGGGACUUUUCAAGGGUUGGAGAAAAAGAUGGUUUGUUUUAAAACACAACGGUUUAUUCUACUAUUACAAGAACAAAAAGGACGAAGGAAAGUGCCGACCACUUGACGUGAUGAAACUGGAAGGAGCUGAAGUUGCAGUUGACACAAGUUUGGGAAAACCAUUUGCCUUUAAAUGUACUCUACAGUCAAGGAACAGAAUGUUCUACUUCUGUUCAACUUCAAACCAGGAAAUGAAAAGGUGGCUAGAAGCAAUGGAGCGAGCAGUGCAUCCUGUUCAUCAGAAUCAUGUCUGGGUGGAUGUGACUCACCAUAAUGCCAACCUUCCACCAUUGGCCAUCAAGAGCCCAGAUUGUCUUGGUCUUCUUUACCAGAUAGAUCGGAACAAGGAUGUAUGGACUCAGCAUUACUGUGUGCUGAAAGAUGCCUGCAUUUAUUUCUAUGCAGGGAUUCGUUCCACACAUGCACAGGGUGAGCAAUGCUUGGAAUGGGGGAUUUAUCUACAGGGUUACACAGUGAGUGAGCAAUGUUUUGGGUCAAAGCGCACUGUGAUCGAAGCCAAACCACCUUCUGAAGAGUUUAAAACCUUCUAUCUGUGUGCAGAUAAUGCAGCUGACAAUAAGCGAUGGAUUGUGGCAUUAAAAGCAUCUAUAAGCAAAUGGUUGCCCUUGCACCAAGCCAUUCAUGACUUCAUGACCAACCCCCCAGAGCAGACUCGGAUGUGAAGAGAAAAUUUUGUUCAAGUGCAGUUUUCUAUUAAUAAAUGUGAAAGAAGUAAAGCUCUUCAGCACACAAAUGGUCGUGGAAAUUGGGACCUCUUUCCCGAAAAAGUGGUUGAGAGUAGAUCAACUAAAAAUUCCAAAAUUGUGACUGAACCAAGGGAAAUACAUUGAGCUCAGAUCCAAUUGAGCCCUAGUCCAAUUGAAUGGUGGAACAAGCUCAAGGUUUGAAUGGUCUAGUACAGUUCCUGUGCUUCUAUAGAACUAAUUGCAAUUAGUAUCCAUGAGUCUGUGUAAGUUGGAUGUACUGCAAAAAUACAAAAUAAAUGCUCAAAAUCUCUUAGUCUUGCAGACAAAUUCAUAUUGGUCUGAAUUUUAAACCCCAAAAAGGGUGGCUUGGGAUUGUUCUAAAGUAUUUAAUUUGUAGUUUGGGAUUAGCAUCCUCGAGAUGACACUAUUAGUGAUCAUUUUGUGAAUACUUUUGUUGUUGCGUUUGUGCAGUAUUAGAUUACUGACAAUUUUCCUUUAAAUGAAGAGCCCACUCCAGAAUUUCCUGCAAGAAAUUGAUUGGGAAUUUGGAAUUGAUUUUAGUGAAGCUACAUCUAUUGCCUUUUUUUUUCAGUUUUCCUGGCCACUUGAUAACUUAGUGGCACUAAACAGAAAGUUACCUGGAUACUUUACUCCAGACGGCAGUCACAACCUUUAGAUUAGGUCAUUAAAAAAUGUUCUGUGUUCAGGAACAGGAAUGUGUGACUGCUGGUGAGACAGGUAUGAAGACCUAGGGAUUAAAUGUGAGGAGCUUUGGCCCCUUCAAUUGGCCAAAAGUUACAAGGCUCUUGCAAACUGUGGACAAGAGCAGAGAUUGCAGGGAGGUACAGCAAAAUGUCCAUGGCAUCUUAGUACUGGGAGCCAUUUAAGUGAAGGGAAGAAAUAGGAAUGUAGUUGUGAUAGGGGACAGAUUAAUUUGGGGACGAGACACUGUUGUCCUAAUGGUUGAGUUACCUGCCUGGUGCAAGGACAUCUUCUCAGUGCUGAAGAACAACUUAGAGCGAGGGAAGGGAUCCAAUUGUUGUCCACAUUGAUACCAAUGAAUUGGUAAGGCGAGAAAGACGACUUUGCUGGAAGUCUUUGAACAGUUAAGAGCUAAAUUGAAAAACAGAACCUCCAAAGUAACAAUCUCUAGAUUACUACCUGAGCUACUGGCAAAGCGGCAUAGAGUAAAUAAAGUUAGUGAAUUAGAUAUGUGGCUCAAAGUUUGGUGUGGAUGAAACAGGCUUCAGUUCAUUGAACACUAGUACCAGUACAGGGUUAGAAGGGAACUGUGUGAUGGGGAUGGACUUCACUUUCACAACGCUGGGACCACUGUCUUGACAAAUCAAAUAACUAGGACUGUGGAGAGGGUUUUAACCUUUUUUUAGAAAGUCGUGGGGGAGGGGGGGGGAGGUUUGUAGAGUGGAAACAUAGGCUUACAAAGUAAGAGGAUAUGACAGAAUUACAGGACAGCUAUUUGGAUAAUUAUACCCAGAGUGAGAUAGGAAGAGGCAAAGUAUACAAACAUAGGAAAACGCAAGAAAUAUUGUUAAAGAAAAUAAAAUAAUAGUUUUUAAAAAA